AUGUACUUAUUCACCUUUUAUUUCUGCUGUAGGUCGAAAGUAACCUUCAAAAUAACGCUGACUUCCGAUCCGAAAUUACCUUUCAAAGUGUACGUGUAUUUAUUUUCUUCUCCCGGCAAAGAAGAAAGUCUUUGGUAUAUAAUCGGCUAAAGACCCUUAAAUCGUCGCUAAUAUUUGUCUUCAUUUGUUACAUUUUAGCCUCAGUGUCCCGGAGGCAACGCCAUUUACAGCAGUGUUAAAAUUUGCAGCAGAAGAAGUAAGUUUUAUAUUUAGUUAAGAUAUCAUAACUGAGGCAAAUGUGAAGUUAAAUACUGAAUUCUACAGUUGUUAUAAGUAGACGAGGGCAUCGAGCUCAUGUUGACAAAUAUUUACUUUUGUAAUACCCCUUACAGUUUAAAGUACCUCCUGCUACCAGCGCGAUAAUCACAAACGGUGAGUUAAGAUUUUUAAAACUCUUUCGAUUUCUGGUACAAAAUAUUUAACUCAUCUGGCCCCCAUCAUUCUUCCCCUUUAUAUAAGCUUAAGCUUAAUUCAAGUUUCAAAAAGAGGUUGAUUCCUUAUUUUCCAGUCAAUAUUGAAUUUUUUUAUUGUAGAGUUAUUAUUUUAAUGUGCCUUAUCUCUUAACAGUCAUUCUCUUUUAUUUGUUUCGAUUAUAAAGUGUUCGAAGGUGUACAUUUAAGUAUUUUUCUUUUAAGCACAUUUUAACUUAUUGUCUGUGAUCUCAAUGUUCCAGAUGGUAUUGGAAUAAAUCCAUCACAAACUGCAGGUAAAUAGUACAAAUAUUCCACGAUAUUUUUUACUUUAAAAAGAGAAAAGAACUUCUAUAGAAAUCAACUAGUGAUAAUUCUCAAGGAAAUCUACAAAAGGUUUUGAGUUAGGUUAGUAACUGUAUGGUAAAAGUAAAAAAAGAUAGCAAAUGCAAGUAGCUUGUCUACUCAUGUUGAAAGUGACUGUUUAUCAUUAAUGUGAUGUUAAGAGUUAUGUAUAAAACAAUAAGAAGGAUCUAGUCAUCACAUAUUUUCUGAGUGGGGUAUAUGUACAAAACAUGGACCACCCAUGUGGACCUAGUCCGUUUUCCCCCGACAUGGACCUGGUCCAUGGCCUAGCCCUAUGGACCACCCCUAAUUUUUGAAGAUGAAUUUUACUAGAGGGGGCUAGGAAUUAGAACCUUAGUUGAACAAAACUGCGGUCAGUUUGUUUUAUCAGCAUUUUCAGCUGUCACUUUUUCAACCAAAGCAGCUGCCAGAAUAAUGGGAAAAAUUUGAUUCAUUUGGUUGACAACUUAUGGUUUGUUUGUUUCCCAGGAAAUGUUUUCUUAAAGCAUGGUUCAGAACUGAGACUUAUUCCACGGGACAGAGUUGGAAGUUGGCUUAUAACAUGAAUCACCAACUGGAUUUAAAUUUGUUAAUAAAUGGUGUACUUAUAUCCAAAUUUGUGUGUAAAAUGUCUCUGUACAGCUAAAGCACCACUCC